GGACCCCGCGAAGAAGGUGGAAUUCAAAUUUCAAAACAAACCGGAGAUUGUUGUUUCACCAUGCAGGUGUUUACUUUGCGAUAGCUGAUAUCUUACAGAGUCUGGGUUUCUAGAUUUAAAAGAUCAACAUGGAUGAAAAGCAUGAAACGCGUGAGAUCGCUGUAGAGGUCCCGAAGCCGCCCUCAAUUGACGAUUUUGUCAUUUUGAAACCUAUUAGCCGCGGAGCUUUCGGCAAAGUCUACCUUGCACGAAAAAAGUGCAAUGCGCGACUGUAUGCAAUAAAGGUCAUGAGGAAAGCAGACAUGGUUGACAAGAACAUGACGGGGCAGAUGAAGGCAGAAAGAGACGCCCUAGCUCUAAGCAAAAGCCCUUUCGUAGUCCAUCUGUUUUAUUCCCUUCAAACUGCCUCAAAAAUCUAUCUGGUAAUGGAGUACCUUAUUGGAGGAGAUAUCAAGUCCUUGCUUCACAUUUACGGAUAUUUUGACCAGGAUAUGUCAGUCAAAUACAUUUCAGAGGUGGCACUGGCACUGGAUUAUCUUCACCGGCAUGGCAUUAUCCAUAGAGACCUAAAGCCAGACAACAUGCUUAUUUCCAAUGAGGGACACAUCAAAUUAACAGAUUUUGGCCUGUCUAAAGUCAAACUUGAUAGAGAACUUAACCUUAUGGAUAUUCUGACUACUCCGUCACUGGCAAAACCUAAACAAGCUUAUUUCCGAACUCCUGGCCAAAUUCUGUCCUUGAUCAGCCACCUUGGUUUUAAUACCCCAUCUGUGGAAGGAAAGCGCCACUGCAGCACUUCUGCGAUGUCUAGUCCUGCGACCUGUGGCAAAAACAGACAAAUUAACAACUCUGUGGGCUCACCUAUGGCUAUAGUAGCAGACCAGCCAACUUCCCCUUCUGCCCACUCCUGGAAAAGAAUGCAUAAAAGUGUGUUUCACCCACAUAACAUUACUAAGAAUCUUACUCCAUCACUGCUGAAGACCAGGAAGAGAUUUGAGACGAUGAGUGCAGGAAGUACCACUGAUACUGAAGGAGGGGUCAGUCCAAUGUGGGAGUGUGAGGAGAAAGAGAAUAUGCACAACAAUGAGUUAAAGAGGAAGGUUUCCGAAUCCAAACAGCUUGAACAGUACCAGGAACCCACCGACACUGAGAGGAAGGAAAAGUCCAAUGCAGGAAAGCAGACCAUCAGUCCAGACAUCAGUUCAGCGAGAGAGCCUAAUCCCUCUGUUACUGCAUCCUCCAUCAAGAGAAGAUACUCCCAACUGGAACGUAGCCCGGAGCAGUACGAGAUCCAUGCUAAGAAGAGCACAGCCGACUACAAGAGGUGCUUUGACAUUCCAGACGAGAAUGCCAAGUUUCACACGGGCCUGACGGGAACUUUCUCCACCAUCAACUUGAGCGAAUUCAUGGCCUGUUCUGAGGAUCGCCUUCCCAAUCACCCUAGUCCCAUAACCGUGGCUAAAUCUCUCUUUUCUGAACUGGAGGAACCUGUAGAAGAUGUUUUUGAUGAAGGAGCUAAGGACCUGUCUCAUUCGAGUUUCACAUCUCCUCUUGGACGAGCUAGGGACGUUUGUAGAAGUUUAAGUUUGGACUCUGAUGGUUCUAUACAUGAAACUUCUCCCAUUAUUGACACCCACGCAUCUCUGAAGCAAAGCCAUAACUCAACAAGCAGAAAUUCUGAAUCUUCUGAUGAAAACGGCAUAAACAAAGAAUCACCACCAACUAAAAUGUCCUGUGAUGUCAUAAAUCUAACUCCAAAAUUGGGGCAUUUGGGCAACAGGGAUUCACAAUCUUAUUUUUUAAACAGACUUCAGGAUAUAGGUCCCAGAGAACCACAGUCUCCCUCCUUCCUCAAGCCAAAGAAUGUGGUGGCCUUCCGUAGCUACCACAGUUCAAUAAAUCGGUCUAACGUGUCGGGAGUAUCAAGGUUCAGCAUUGGGUCAGUGGACUGUAUGGAUGUGACUGCUUCCUAUCACUCAUUAGAUACAACGCCAAUGCAGAAAAGGCCAAGAUCCAGUAGCUCUCUUUGUCAGACUCCUCAGCCCAUGUCAACGUCCCACACCCCGUUCAGAACUCCCAAGAGUGUUCGGAGGGGUGUCGGUCCUGUCGAAGGAGCUCAGAUUUUAGGGACUCCUGACUAUCUGGCUCCUGAACUACUGCUGGGUAAACCACAUGACUGCAUGGUGGACUGGUGGGCUCUGGGGGUGUGUCUUUUCGAGUUUCUCACAGGUGUGCCCCCCUUCAACGAUGAGACCCCUCAGCUCGUCUUCCAGAAUAUUCUCAACAGAGAUAUUCCCUGGCCGGAGGAGGAGGAGGCUCUGUCUUCCAAUGCAAGAAAUGCUAUUGAAAUCUUACUCACCAUGAAUAUGACUAAGCGAGCCGGUCUGAAGGAACUGAAGAGCCACCCGCUGUUUGAGGACCUGGACUGGGACAACCUGCAGAACCAGCCCAUGCCCUUCAUACCUCAGCCUGAAGAUGAGACCGACACCUCCUACUUCGAUGCAAGGAACAGCGCUCAACACAUCGUAGUGUCUGGCUUUAGUCUAUAGUGCAUUGUCCUUCUUUUAAACUAACUGUACCUCUGACACGUUCAUGGUAUUUACUAUUGUGCAAUCACUGAUUUUAGCAGUUAAAAAAGCUUUCAGCAAAAUGAAUGUUAAAAAUAUUUGAUAUUAUCUGAAUAUUUUUUACCUUGUUUGGUUGAUUAGAUCUUGUAUACCAGCUCUUAUUUAGAAGUGUGUUGUAUGUUAUUGCUGUCAUGAUUUUCACUAAAACAAAAUGUGUAUUAGAUUAUGUGGGAUUUCUGCCUACAGUUAACUUUCUGUCUGUACUGCUACGUACCCCUGCUUCUAAUAUUGUGGGGUGACCAGCCUGCUACAUUUCUGUCAUGGCUUCACUACUGCUGAAGUAUUCUAUUAAUAGUAUUUUUAUGUAAAUCCUGUUGAUUGUUUUAAAAUAGAAUUGGGUACUUUUGUAUUUUGAUGAAAUGGUUUGCUUUUUUAAUCUGUAUAUCAUAUUAAUGUUUUUCUUGUUUUGUGUUUAUAACACUAGUUUUAAAAAGGUUUGAGUUAUGUUUUACUCAUGUAACACCAAACUGCAAAUAAAUUCUGUUUGAUUUG